ACCCCAUCAAUGAUCAAACCUGUGUUUGGAAACAGAAAUACAGAUGAGAAGAAAGAAAAACCUGACACCAAUAACGAGGAAAAAACACUUUCCACAAACACAUCCUCCUCUUCUAAGAUUCCUCUGAAAACAAAUCAAAUAAGAACAUGUUCAGAGAAGAAAGCGGUGAAUUCUGACACCAUGGAAAACGCAGGUUCAGUUGAGGAAUCUGUUCAAAGCCUGAUCUCACCCAAGACACUUCUGAAUGGUACAAAUACACCACUGUGGGGACGCAGCAGGAGGUUGGUAACCUCAGGCUCUGAUCUGUCUUCGUCAGUCAUGAGGAACAUGUCUUCACCACACAGUAACGGCAACAAAACCCUUGUCCUGUGUUCUACAACUCUGGGCUGCCUGUCUAAUCUACCUCACAACAACCAGCUCUCAAAAACCGGAGGAACAGUGGCUCAUGUGGAGGAGGAAGAAUUUACAGUGGAAACAGAGGAGAGGUGUGGUUCAUAUGAUGAUGUGGUGUUUGAGGGUGAUGAUGUAACUGAUGGAGAACGUAUCUCCGAUUUUGAUAGCGGAUGUUAUGUGUGGGAAGAAUCUGACAAUUCAUCGGAUUUAACAGAGGGUCAGGUCACAUUAAGGGACAAUACAAGUGCUGAAAACUCCUCUAAAACCACUCACUUAUCCACAAUGUCUACAGAGAACAUGAGAGUGGAUCAGUUGCCAGAUGCAUGUUUUGCUGUGCCUAAGACCGUUACUUGGUAUUCCAAAAACAAAUCGGCACAAAUCAACUCUCUACAAUUCCAAAAGAAGUCAGACAAAGCCCCAAAUGAAACAAACACGCCCACUUCACUCAGACACAAAGCUUUCAUCCCAGGAAAGACCUCCACACCUAAUACCUCAUUUGUCAAACCAAGACCAGUCAUCAUGCAAAACAGAACUUGUAAAGAGACGCCUAGAUUCUCUUUCAGCAUCUACACUGACCCAGUUAAACAGGCUGCAGCAUCCCGUCCUUCCACAUGCAGCUCGCUGUUCACCCCCAAAAACGUCCUCCGCUCUUUGUCAGCGAAUACACACUCAUCAUCCACCAACCUCUCCUCAGUGUCUGCGACAAUUAAAAAAGGACAGAAGAUCACAUCCCCACUGUGUGCGUGCGGCCGCCGUGCCAAGCGGCAGGUUGUGUCCAACGGUGGUCCAAACCACGGCCGAGGGUUUUACUGCUGUCCGGUCCGUCGCUCAGGCAGCGGAGGCAGGAUCCAGAAGGGAUGCGAGUUCUUCAAAUGGGAGUCGUCUCUGAUGAAGAGCAGUUCAGUGGCCUCUCCUGCUGCCGGGGCCUCAGUUUCACUCAGCUCCACUCUGAACUGUCCACCACAACAGAGGUCAACCGUAAGAAUAAGCUAUUAAUGAGUUGGAGAAACAGCCGCUCCAUCAUCAUACUGACAUUGAGAUAUUUUAUAUAUAAUAUAUAAUUAUCCAUUCCCACAGAGAUGGUACCCGAAUGACGUUUUUCUGUGUCGCCUCUAUAACUUCUCCAAAAAACC